AUGUUAAAUAAUAUUGGAUAUCUGGCAUAUAUAUCAAUAAUGGGAAUUUUGUUAUUAAUUAGUCCAUCUUCUUUUAUAAAGAUAACGAAUAGAGAUUAAGAAUAAUCAUUAUUUAAUACAUAGUUAUCAUCAUUGCUCUAAACAGAAUCAGUAAUAAAGUAAUAAAGCUUUAUAGGGUUUAAGAAUAUGUGGUUUUUAUCAUCUAAUAUUAUUGUUUGCAUAAAUAAGUAAAUAAGAAAGAGUGAAAUUUAUUUGUUUAAAUAUAUAUGCAUUAUUUUUAAUAUCAAGAAUAGAUAGUUUAUGUAUUGAUGGAGUUGGAUAAAUUUAAUCUGAAAGAUUAGAGAGGUAGAUUAAAAAUAUGAAAUUAGAUUGGGAUUUUAUGCGAAUAUUUAGUUUUAUAGCAUUUAAUAAUUGGCCUAUUAAUAGUUAAGAGAAGAAAUAUUUAAAGAAUGA